AUUGAUGCAUUUGGAAUCUUGUCCUUUCCUCUGCACCACGUUGGAAGCAGCUCUUAAAUAACAAAGCCAGCAUGCUGAACAGUCUGUAUGUCUCGCAUUGGUGCUUUGUAGGAAGCUAACCUCCGAGGCGCAGGCGGGAUGGCUAGCUCGGCCCGGGAGCACCUGCUUUUUGUGCGGCGUCGAAAUCCCCAGAUGCGGUACACACUGAGCCCCGAGAACCUCCAGAGCCUGGCCGCCCAGAGCUCCAUGCCAGAGAACAUGACCCUCCAGAGGGCGAACAGUGACACGGACCUGGUGACUUCCGAGAGCCGCUCCAGCCUGACUGCCAGCAUGUACGAGUACACGCUGGGGCAAGCCCAGAACCUCAUUAUCUUCUGGGACAUUAAGGAGGAGGUGGACCCCAGUGACUGGAUCGGACUUUAUCAUAUAGAUGAGAAUUCUCCAGCCAACUUCUGGGAUUCUAAAAACAGGGGUGUGACUGGAACCCAAAAAGGGCAAAUUGUGUGGAGAAUUGAGCCCGGGCCCUAUUUCAUGGAACCGGAGAUAAAAAUCUGUUUUAAAUACUACCACGGCAUUAGUGGAGCCCUUCGUGCCACGACCCCCUGCAUUACCGUGAAGAACCCGGCUGUGAUGAUGGGGGCAGAAGGCAUGGAAGGAGGAGCUUCUGGAAAUCAGCAUUCUCGGAAGCUAGUUAGCUUUACCUUAUCAGAUCUUAGAGCAGUUGGGCUAAAGAAAGGGAUGUUCUUCAAUCCCGACCCUUAUCUUAAGAUGUCCAUUCAGCCAGGGAAGAAGAGCAGUUUCCCCACCUGUGCCCACCACGGACAGGAGAGAAGGUCUACUAUCAUCAGUAACACCACUAAUCCGAUUUGGCACCGAGAGAAAUAUUCCUUUUUUGCACUGCUUACUGAUGUCUUAGAAAUUGAAAUUAAGGACAAAUUUGCCAAGAGCCGUCCCAUCAUCAAGCGUUUCCUGGGGAAACUAACCAUUCCAGUCCAGAGACUGCUGGAGCGGCAAGCCAUUGGUGAUCAGAUGCUCAGCUACAACCUUGGCCGCAGGCUCCCAGCCGACCACGUGAGUGGGUACCUCCAGUUCAAGGUGGAGGUCACGUCUUCUGCGCACGAAGAUGCUUCUCCAGAAGCUGUUGGCACAAUCCUUGGGGUCAACACUGUGAAUGGAGACCUCGGAAGCCCUUCUGAUGAGGAGGACAUGUCAGGGGGCCAUCACGACGGCCCCGUGUGUUCCAAUGGGCCAGUUUCUGAGGACAGCACUGCUGACGGGACGCCCAAGCAUUCUUUCAGGACUAGCUCCACUCUGGAAAUAGACACAGAGGAGUUAACUUCCACGUCCUCGCGGACCUCACCCCCCCGAGGACGCCAGGAUUCACUCAAUGAUUACUUAGAUGCGAUUGAACACAGCAGCCAUUCCAGGCCGGGCCCGGCCUCCUGCUCGGAGAGGUCCAUGGGCGCUUCGCCCAAGCUGCGGAGUAGUUUUCCCACUGACACGAGACUCAACGCCAUGCUUCACAUCGACUCCGACGAGGAGGACCACGAGUUCCAGCAAAACCUGGGCUACCCGUCUUCCUUGGAGGAGGAAGGAGGCUUGAUCAUGUUCGGCGCCACGUCGAGAACGGACGACGCGAGCCUGACGUCGCAGACGAAACCGGAGGACACCCCGGCGGAGGCGGAGGAAGCGUCCACGAACGAUGCCGCGUCCUUGGAGGAGAAGCCGGAACAUCCUCCCGAGCCGGCGGAGGCCUCGCUGCCCGCAGGCCCGGCCCCCGAGGAGAGCGAGAACGGCGCGGAGGCCCGACCCGGCGGCGAGCAGGGCAGCGGCGAGCUGUGCGACUCGCAGGAGGCGGACCAGGCGGCGAGCGGGGCGGACACGGCGGCCUCGGACGCGUCGGGGGGGAGCCGCCGCGCCGUCAGCGAGGCCGAGUCCCUGGACCAGGGCUCGGAGCCGUCGCAGGUGUCGUCGGAGACGGAGCCCAGUGACCCGGCCAGGACGGAGAGCGUGAGCGAGGCCAGCACCAGGCCGGAGGGCGAGAGCGACCUGGAGGGCGCCGACAGCUCCUGCAACGAGAGCGUCGCGACGCAGCUGUCGUCGGUGGACACGCGCUGCUCCUCGCUGGAGAGCGCGCGCUUCCCCGGGACGCCCGCCUUCUCCUCUCAGGACGAGGACGACGGAGCCGGCGCCGCCGAGCCCGCGGGCAGCGCCGCCGGAGGGUCCCCCGCGUCCCUGCGGGCGCCCAGCCCUUCGCCGGGGGUGGCGGCACCGGGGGCGGACGAGGAGGCGCCCGCGGAGGACUCGGCAGACUCGGCGGCCUCGGGCCCUGCGCCGCGGCAGGAGGAGGCCGGGGAGGUGUGGCGGCGGCGGGGGAGCCUGGAGGGGGCGGCCGCCCCCGAGAACCGGCCCCAAGACGACGGCGACGCCGCCGGGGAGGCCCGCGGGGCGUGCGAGGGGGCGGCGGCCCAGGAGGAGGGCGCGGCCGGAGGUUCUCAAGCCAACGGCCACCAGCCAUUGAGGUCGCUGCCUUCCGUGCGCCAGGACGUCAGCCGCUACCAGAGGGUGGACGAGGCUCUCCCGCCAAACUGGGAGGCGCGCAUCGACAGCCACGGCCGGAUCUUCUACGUGGAUCACGUCAACCGAACCACCACGUGGCAGCGGCCGACGGCGCCCCCGGCCCCGCAAGUGCUGCAGAGGUCCAACUCCAUACAGCAGAUGGAGCAGCUGAAUCGGAGGUACCAGAGUAUCCGCAGAACCAUGACGAACGAGAGACCUGAGGAAAAUUCCAAUGCUAUCGAUGGGGCAGCGGAGGAAGCUGACUUUCACCAAGCCAGUGCAGAUUUCCGGCGGGAGAACGUCCUGCCCCACUCUACCUCUAGAUCCAGGCUCACGUUGCUGUUACAGUCUCCCCCUGUGAAGUUCCUCAUCAGCCCAGAGUUCUUCACCGUGCUGCAUUCUAACCCUAGUGCCUACCGCAUGUUUACAAACAACACGUGUUUGAAGCACAUGAUCACCAAAGUCCGGCGGGACACCCACCACUUUGAGCGCUACCAGCAUAACCGCGAUCUCGUGGGAUUCCUCAACAUGUUCGCCAACAAACAGCUGGAGCUGCCAAGGGGCUGGGAGAUGAAACACGACCAUCAGGGCAAGGCGUUUUUUGUCGACCACAACUCCCGCACCACCACUUUUAUCGACCCCCGGCUCCCGCUGCAGAGCAGUAGACCCACGAGCGCGCUGGUCCACCGACAGCACCUGACGAGGCAACGCAGCCACAGUGCAGGCGAGGUAGGAGAAGAUUCUCGACAUACAGGACCACCGGUUCUUCCCAGGCCAUCGAGUACGUUCAAUACAGUCAGUAGGCCGCAGUACCAGGACAUGGUUCCAGUGGCUUACAAUGACAAGAUUGUUGCUUUUCUGCGCCAACCCAACAUCUUUGAAAUUCUACAGGAGCGUCAGCCUGAUCUUACCAGGAAUCAUUCACUCAGGGAGAAGAUCCAAUUUAUCCGAACUGAAGGGACCCCAGGAUUGGUGCGUCUUUCUAGUGAUGCUGACCUUGUUAUGUUGCUGAGUUUAUUUGAAGAAGAGAUAAUGUCUUAUGUGCCUCCACAUGCCUUACUGCACCCCAGCUACUGUCAGUCCCCACGUGGCUCCCCCGUGUCCUCUCCCCAGAACUCACCAGGUACUCAGCGUGCCAAUGCCCGCGCGCCAGCCCCUUAUAAGCGAGACUUUGAAGCCAAACUAAGGAACUUUUACAGGAAGUUAGAGACGAAAGGAUAUGGACAAGGCCCAGGGAAAUUAAAGUUAAUUAUCAGAAGAGAUCACUUACUGGAAGAUGCUUUUAAUCAGAUCAUGGGCUACUCCAGAAAAGACUUGCAGAGAAAUAAGCUGUACGUCACAUUUGUCGGGGAGGAAGGGCUGGAUUACAGUGGACCCUCCAGAGAAUUUUUCUUCCUCGUAUCCAGAGAACUCUUUAACCCAUAUUAUGGCUUAUUUGAAUAUUCAGCCAAUGACACAUACACAGUACAAAUAAGUCCCAUGUCUGCUUUCGUAGACAAUCACCAUGAAUGGUUCCGCUUCAGCGGGAGGAUUCUUGGUCUCGCACUUAUACAUCAGUAUUUGUUGGACGCCUUCUUCACUAGGCCCUUUUAUAAAGCUCUUCUCAGAAUUCUGUGUGACCUGAGUGAUCUAGAAUACCUUGACGAGGAGUUCCACCAGAGCCUGCAGUGGAUGAAGGACAAUGACAUCCAUGACAUCCUGGACCUCACGUUCACUGUGAAUGAAGAAGUUUUCGGGCAGAUAACCGAACGAGAAUUAAAACCAGGGGGUGCCAACAUCCCAGUCACAGAGAAGAACAAGAAGGAGUACAUCGAGAGGAUGGUGAAGUGGCGGAUUGAGAGGGGCGUCGUGCAGCAGACGGAGAGCCUAGUGCGCGGCUUCUAUGAGGUGGUGGAUGCCAGGCUGGUGUCUGUUUUCGAUGCAAGAGAACUGGAACUGGUCAUCGCAGGCACAGCCGAAAUCGACCUGAGUGACUGGAGAAACAACACGGAAUACAGAGGAGGGUAUCAUGACAAUCACAUUGUAAUCCGGUGGUUCUGGGCCGCAGUGGAAAGAUUCAACAAUGAACAACGACUGAGGUUGUUACAGUUUGUCACAGGCACAUCCAGCAUUCCCUAUGAAGGAUUUGCUUCUCUCCGAGGGAGUAAUGGCCCAAGAAGGUUCUGUGUGGAGAAAUGGGGGAAAAUCACUGCUCUUCCCAGAGCUCACACGUGUUUUAACCGUCUGGAUCUCCCGCCGUACCCAUCCUUCUCCAUGCUUUAUGAAAAACUCUUGACAGCAGUGGAAGAGACCAGCACCUUUGGACUUGAGUGACCUGGAAAAGCAAUGUCAGGCUCCGUACGGACAGGCAAGUUCAGAAGCUGCCCUCUUGAAGAAUGGCUGAACUUUGGAAGUUUGAAGAGUGCACUUCCAUUAGAGCAAAGCUGAAUGAUCUGAUUGUCCAGGAACACACACGCUGUCCCAUUUGGGGCCCGGAUAGUGGUGAUGAGUCCUCUUGGAAGGACUGGGGUGAGCUUGAUGCCCAGAGAACAACCCAACAGUCUUUCAGUCAACUGUUGUUGACUGCCAAACUUUUUUCCAUUUGUGUUAUGUUCCAAGACAAAGACGAACCUGUACACGAUCAGCUCCAUGGUCACUUUUAGGGACUCAGGAGAAUCUUGAAACUUACCACUGAACAUGGAUCAAGCCACACUGGCAGCACUUGGCCCAAUGUCCAAAUUAGUGCAAGUUAAAUAAUAUAUAAUAAAAACCAACAUGUUUCCUAAAAGUACACUCACUGAAGCCCUAAGUUAUAGCAGAAUGUUCAUUUUCUUGCUUCUGAGUGCCUGCAUGGUGUGCACCAUAGGUUUCAGCUUUCAUGGGACACAAGCAAAAAUGAAACCCAGUCAACAUGAGGUAACUUUACAGAUUUGCAAUAAGGUGGUCUGUGACAAUGUAAAUGCCAAGUGAAAUGUGUGUAAUUAUGGCUGAAGACAAACUGUUAUACAACAAAUAACUAAUGACAGAUUUUAUGCUUUAUAAUGCAUGAAAACAACUUAAAAAUAACUAGCAAUUAAUCACAGCAUAUCAGGAAAAACUACACGUGAGUUCUGUUUUAUUUUUCAUAGGUUCAUUAUAUUUAUGUUCUUGAAGAUGUAUAUAAGAACCUGCCUGUCAUACUGUGUGUAUCACCUGCUCCAUUUCCAUGUUCCAUGCUUACUCGGGCAUCAUGCUAGUACGUAUCCUUUUAAGCACUCUCAAGAGAACAAAAGGGCCUUUUAUUUUUAUAAAGGUACAAAAAAAUUCCCCGAAAUAUUUUGCACUGAAUGUACCAAAGUUGAAGGGACAUUACAAUAUGACUAACAGCAACUCCAUCACAUGACAAAUGUAGUAGAAAAUUGCUUCUAAAUCAGACUUCCUCACAGUGCCAUGUCUACCACUACAAGGACUGUGCAUCUAAGUAAUAAUUUUUUAAGACUCACUAUAUGUGAUAGUAUGAUAUGCAUUUAUUUAAAAUGCAUUAGACUUCUUCCAUCCAUCAAAUACUUUACAGGAUGGCAUUUAAUACAGAUAUUUCGUAUUUCCCCCACUGCUUUUUAUUUGUACAGCCUCAUUAAACACGAAGCUCAUUUAGGGAGCCAUCAGCAACACCCAAGAGAUCAGCUCUCUUUAGUAAUAAGAAUUCCAUUUUCCCUCAUCGAUGAAGACAUCACAAAUUGAAACUCUCAGUACUAUAUUUCUAAGCCUGCAUUUUCACUGAUGCAUAAUUUUCUUAUCAAUAUUAAGAAACAAUUUUUCUAUGGUAUCUCAGAAACUGCAUGAUAUCACUAAUGUUAUUUCUGCAUAAUUUUAUUAGAGGAUGUUCUUCAUUUUUAUUGCUUUUGGGGUUACUCCACAUCAUUGUUUAUUUCUUGACUUAUGGCCAUAACUAGUCGGAAUCAGUUCUUCAAUAGAGUGAAGUUAAAUCAUGGAUAAUAAAAGCAUUGGAUUAACAUUUGGUUUGCCAGCCUGUGGUUUUACAGGCGUUGUCCCAACACCUCUUUGAGAAUUAUAAGUGGCCAUGGGAUUCCUAUUAUGGGAUGUUGACCAUCUUGUAUUUUAUAGGGUCACAUGCAUGGUUUUCACAGGUGGUUUGUAAGAACUAAUUGUUGGGUAAGCUAUGUUUACUACUGAGACCCUCCAGAGGAAUAUCACUCAUGUUGCAUUCCUGAACUAUGCAACAUUCCUGAGCAUGGGGAAACGUUCCCCAAAAAAGGUUACCAAAAUCUAAAGAUAAGAAAGGAGGAUUUAUCUGUGUACUAUAACUGGACCAGAGAAAAAGGGAAGAGAAAAAAGUUUUAAUUGGAGAUGUUAGUUUGUACUUACUGAUCAUGAAUAUAAGUAUAUAUUUAAUUUUGCAAACUA